UCGCGACGCCGUAAUAUCAUUAAAUCGAUAUUACAAGACUCUCACAGCGCUGGAUUUGGGUCUCAAUAACAAGGUAACAAGGACGUCUCUACUCGGCUCGGAUUGGCCACAAGGCUAGAACUGAAUCUUCAGGCCUGGAAGCAAUUUGAUGCGUGGAUUUGGAGAGGCAAGUUUCUAACCACGGAGGACGAAGCUCUGUUGCGACUGUCUGAGUCUACAAUACUCCCGUCUGUGAUUGUCUGUUUUUAGGUAGUUAUCCUGAUAUUCAUGGAUUGGACGUUGAGUGCAGACUGGUGGCGCGGGCUGGACGGGAUAUGGUUGGACGUCGUUACGGUCGUGGAUUAUCUAGUCCUAAAGCUGACGACACGAGUUCUGAUCGACUGACAGUGAUAUCACAGACCUGCACAGCUCUGGCGUGUUUUCGGUGAACAUUUCAAAGGGGGCUGAAGUGUUUUAGGACACACGGAGUACGUUGAACAUGUCGGCGGGUGUCGGUGCUACCAGGCGGAGACCCAGGCUAGGCUGCCUGUUGGUGACCGUGGCAGCAGUGACGGUUCUAUCGUCUACCUUCGUGGCGCUCCACUGGCUCAUCUCAGAACAUCUCUCGACAGAAGGGCGGGCACAGACGGGGCUAGCGGAUUCUGUGGGACCCGAGGGCGCUAAGGUGGAACAGGACGUUCACGCGGCCGCGCCGCUCCUGGAUAGAAGGAUCCUAAGACACAGGAAGUGGCGUAAGACUGGAAGAGAAAGGGCUCCGAUAGACGACGAGGAUUAUAAGAUGUACAUGGACGCAGAGGAUGAGUAAGGUCGAUACUUCUUGUCUUCAAGGUCGGAUAGAAAAACGUGACGAGAAAGCAGGUCAUAACGAUGUAAUAUCCGAGACUAACUUAAUAAGGUGUACUUCGACUUGUCAUCGAAUCCACCCUACCAUCAAGAGAAAUGACGCCGACCGUAGAAUGUAUUUCAUCACUCCACUGGCGAACUAAUAGAAAAACUCGCCCUGGCGAGGCAGAAAUACGGCGUCGCCUGGGAAUUCGCGCCGUUUUAAUCUGGUUCUGGUCAGGAUUCCGGCCAAACAUAAUUGAAUCAUAACCGAAAGCGAGCGGAACUGGAAGCGGUUGUCCUGUCCCAGGGGGCAGUGCGCGGCCCCACGAAGUCUCUUCCCUCAACACAGGCGCUUAUAGUUCUAUCAAUUAGAAUUGCUACAAUUUGAUGAAGCGGAAUCAAUAUAUCGUCUGAAAAAGAACUGGUGGCUUCCCUCUAGCUCUUUUAUAUCAACCGCGUUUCAAUAACACUCGCAUGUCCUCCGGAAUUGUCAGAUUAGGGAUUAUAAAUAGCCAGGAUCAAUUUGCCGUAAAGUGCACGCCUGUCGUAAUCGCCUUGGCCGCUGGAGGACGAAAGUGACCUUAUCAGCGGAACAUGUGCUACUGUAGCCGGGACAUACGGCCUGACGCGCCGCUGACAUUUUGUAUCCGCUACCUGACCAAUUCGUCGGUCUCGCCGAUUUAUAGAAUGAUCUACACUGUCGUGUCAGUUCUAUUCCAUGUAACGACAACAUUACACGUUAUCGCGCCUGUCUCCUUAGAUUGAGGGGGUGGGGGCGCCGGCGUAAUGUCAUGUUUAAGGCGGUCCUGCGAUUCCUUAUCACAUUUUCUCCAGUCGGAACGAUCAUCAAGAAAGGGCACGCCGUGCUGCAUCAAGGAACUUUGACCAAAAUAUGGCCGUGUGAAUGGUUUGAUGGGUGGCGGCGCAGCGUAACGCAUUCCAAGUCGGUUUGGAUGUUGUUAUUUCUGACGGUGUGUUUCAAGGCGUUAAUAUGUGAGAAGUAAGACGUAUCUGUUAUGGCUACAGUGUGUGGGUUGUCUGUUAUUUGCACUUUGGAACGGGUACGGACAAUAAAACUAG